ACCCACCCUACCCCUAUCUCUCUUUCUCUCUCUAUAUAUACACAUAUUUCUAUAUCUAUAAAUAUAUACAUAUCUGACUCUCAAUUUUUCACUCUCUCUCUUUCUCUCUCUAAAAUGGCUAGUAGUAGUAGUACAACAAGGAAGAAGCUCCUCCUGAACACAGUUUCAGUCGACCUCGGUUGCAGCUGCACCCGGCCCAAACUCUCCCUCUUAUUUCACCCAAAAUCCAAGCCCAAAAUCAAAGCCCAUCGUAAGCCCAAACGACAAUACUCAAGCUCAUAUUCUCUAACGAAGAAACUCAACGACAUCGAAGAAGAAGAAGAAGAAGACACCACCACUACCACCACCACAACUUCUUCCACCUUUUUCUCCUCCGACGACAACAAAAGCUCUCCGAGAACGACCGUUAAGGGUUUCGGUCGAGUCGGCGGCGAAGGCGUGGCCGUGGAAAAAGAUUCCGACGACCCGUACUUGGAUUUCCGGCAAUCGAUGCUUCAGAUGAUACUGGAGAAUGAGAUUUACUCUAAAGACGAUCUCCGUGAGCUUCUUAACUGUUUUCUACAGCUUAAUGCUCCUUCCCACCAUGGAAUCAUUGUUCGAGCUUUCACCGAGAUCUGGGAUGGAGUUUUUUCGGUGAGGUCUGGUUCUGCCUCCAUGACCACGAAAGUACGGCAUUUCGGUUACAACAAGCCAGCCUCACGUGACUACUCCUACUAUUAGCCACGUGCGUUUGUGGUGGUUAAUUCUGUUACGAUGGUAAAUGUCCAAGGAUAAAACGGUUAAAAAUUAAUCUCCUAUAUAUUUUAUUAUUAUUAUUAUUAUAUUAAUGGUAGGAGGUAGAAGCUGAAGGGCUUUAACUGUAAUUUUUUUUUUUGUUUAUUUUAGAAGAUAAGUUUGUUUAGUGAUGGUAAGAUUAAUUACAAGAUGUACUGAACUAGUUAGAAGUCAUCAGUGUAAAGGGAACUAAUCUUUUUAACUCAGUAUAACGAGAGCUUUUGUUUUUA